UUAAAUUCGCCAUUGUAAUUGUCACAUUACUAAAUAAAAAAAUAAAACUAAAAUUUUUGAAAUAUAUCUUUGUAAUUUGUGUGUUUUGAUAUUGUUUGAUAAUUGUUUCAAAUUAAAUAAAUAUACAGUUCAUCGACAUUUUCAACACUUAUAAAUAAAACGUUGUACUUUGUAUCUUGAAACUGAUUUAAUUAUAUCAUUUCCAUUGGAUUCCCUGCUAAUCAUUCAAGGAAUAGUUUAGUAUCGUUUCGAUACAUAAACAUGGACCGUUUAUCAGAGAAAGAAAAAGAACGUCAGAUACAUACCGCAUUGUAUAAUAAUGUCGCUCUUUUAUGCACUGCACACGACAAUCCAAAACUAUGUGAUGGCUCUCGUCUACAAACUCAUCUACGGCCAGAUAUGUUCAUAAAUGCAAAUAAAUUCGCUUUCGAACAAAUCACCUAUUUUUUAUUAAAUAUUAUUGAUCCAAAUUUAAUUAAGAGCGUACCAUGGCCAUUAUUAGAUAAAAAAUUAGAAUCUGAAUUUCGUAGUAAAGUCAAACAAAUAUUAAAUGAUCUUAAUUCGAAAUACAAAGAUGCACGGAUUCCUGCCACACAAACCUCACAAAUGCUUACACCUGGUGGAAUUAAAAUUGCCAGAAUUUUAUUCUAUUUAUCUGAGUUAACAAUCUUGGUGUAUAUGAAAAAGUUAUUGAACGAUGAUGAAGAUGAUGAACCGAUAUUUCUACCAUUUGUUGCAGGCGCAAAUGCUUCGGAUCAACUUCAAAAUGUUGAUAACGUUAUAAAAUAUGAAAAUAAAAAAAGUUGGGAAACUUAUUUUGAAUUAAAUAAUCAAAUAAGUGAAACUAUGAACACUGCAAAAAAUUAUGCGUCAAAAUUAUCACCACUUAUGAAUGAAGUUGAAGAAUUAAAACAAACUUCGAAGGAAAUUAAUGAUGACAAUUUUUUAGAAUCUGUAUUGGAAAUUACGAAAAGUUUAAACGAAGUAAAAGGGUAUGAAAUGUUAAUUGAAGAUACUCGAAAUGCUAUUCAUUCCACCGUAACUAAUGUUAAUAAUUCUGGAUUUACUUUUGAAAAGGAUUCGUUUGAUCUACGACAAAAUCUUGCACGGAAAAUAUUAAAUGAUCAAAAUGAAUUAAAUAUAAAGGAACUUCUAAUAUUAAUCGAUAGCGUUCUUAAAGAUUUUAUUGUAAACUUAACACAGCAACCAAUGUUUGAUCUAACCCAAUUGGAUGAUUUCUCCAUAAAAAUCGUUCAAGAUUAUGAGUUAUUUUUACAUAAAAUCGAAACGACUCAUAAUCCGGAAUUAAAAGAACUAAAUACGUUGCUACGUGAAAAUAUCGAUAAAUAUAACGAGGAAUUAUUAAAAAAGUUUAACGCGGAUGAUACAUAUUUAAAGAAAUUAACAACACCUGAAUUGGAGUUUAAUAUUCCAAUCACUGCAAAUGAUUUUCGAUCAAAAUUAACAGGUACAUCAUUCAUACGUCGAUCUUCAUUCUUUGACACGUUAACCACAGCUAAAAAACGUGCAAAAAGAGCAAAUGAUAAUAAAAUGGCAUCCAGCGUUAAAAGAAAUUUAAUGGGAGAUAACAAAUCAGUUUUAAUUGGAGAUAACAAAUCAGGUUUAUUGGUUCAACCACCAAAUGCAAACAGUACAAUGAAAAUACUCACACCUUCUUCGGUCGAUAAUCGACCACCGAAUGCAAGUAGUACACCAGAAGUUACAAUUUCAAAACCAUUAAGUGGUCAUAAACAUGGUAGUAAGAUACGUCAAUUAUUGACAAAUAGUCCUUUAACAGAAGUAUCCACACAGAGCGAAUCGUUCAAUAUCAGCCAAGAGAUUUUGGAUGUACUUCAAUUAAAUGAUGAACUAGAUUCAUCUGAAAUGUUUCCUAGUGCUUCAAAAUUUUAACUAUCCUUUUUUUUUUUUACUUUUUGAUUUGUUCAAAUGGGUGUGCCAUAACGUAUUAUUACUUGUUCCAAUAUUUAUUUGUAUU